UUCUAUAAAACUUCAAACGCGAGUGGAAAUCGCAUAGCGAAAAAGGAACAGGAAUAUUCAGCUUCCUUCUUCGUUAGCCCGCCAACACUCCUCGGCGAAUCACCGGAAUAUCCCAUCUCCGGCCCAAGAUGGACAUUUGAAAUCAGCACAAGUAUAUGACUUUAAAGUCUAUUAUUUCUUCUCUCUAGUCUCCAUCCAUUUGAGAUAGGUGCAAGUGUUCGUGCUGGUAUGCCGUACCUGGUGCGUGAGCAUUUAUUUAUUGGCAACAUUGGUGAUGCUGCGGACGUUCUCCAGAAGGACUGUAAUGAAAUCACACAUAUACUGUCAGUUCUUAGUUCAGAAUCCAUUUCUUUCUUCUCAGAGUGGCGUAGUGGGAUCUCAAUUCCGAGCAAAGAAAUCCGGAAGGUCUAUGCUGGGGACUCAGGAUCGGAGGAUGUUCCACAUGACAUGUCAAAGUCUGCUUUAUCACCAGAUAAGCUGCUUUAUUCACUGGAGUAUGCUGGUAAGGAUUUGAAGAUUGUGAGGAUGGCUGUACCUAUAAGGGAUAUGGAAAGUGAAAAUUUGCUGGACCAUUUGGAUGUGUGCUUGGAUUUUAUUGAAGAUAGUUGGAAAGAAGGUUCAGUUCUUGUCCACUGCUUUGCAGGCGUAUCAAGGAGUGCAGCAAUAAUUACAGCAUACCUGAUGAAAUGUGAACAGCUACCAUUAGAAGAUGCUAUUGAAUCCUUGAAGCAGAGCUGUGAAUCAGUGGGCCCUAAUGAUGGUUUCUUGGAGCAGCUGAAAAUGUUUGAACAAAUGGGGUUUAAAGUUGAUCGUGCAAGCUCCAUAUACAAGCGCUUUCGGUUAAAAGUAUUAGGCGAUUCCUAUAAUCGUGGGGAACAAAUAGAUGGUUCGAAGUUUGGUGCAGAUCCUGGACUGCCAGCAGGAACUGUUUCCUCAAAUGCUGAAGCAUCACCUGGCAUACAAGCCCCUCCUACUUGUGCAUUCCGAUGCAAAAAAUGCCGUAGAGUCAUUGCAUUGCAGGAAAAUAUUUUGGAUCAUGUUCCAGGAGAGGGUGAAUCAUGCUUUGAUUGGCAUAAAAGAAGGGGUGGAAGUCCUUUCAGAAGACCCGGUGAUGAGGGGUGUUCUUCCAUCUUUGUUGAGCCUCUUCGCUGGAUGAAAACAGUGGAAGAAGGUGGUCUUGAGGGCAAGCUGACAUGCGCCCACUGUGAAGCUCGACUAGGUUACUUCAACUGGUCAGGGAUUCAGUGCAGUUGCGGGAGUUGGAUCACACCGGCCUUUCAGCUUCAUAAAAGCCGAGUGGACAUCAGUACUAUCUAGAUCCAAACUGUGGAAGUUCCAUCGACUGCGUUAUAUGUGCUUUGGGUUUGCCUCAAGCGGCUCUUUCCUACUUGUGUUUGAAAUAAUUGCGAAUUUGCCGGUGUAUUCUGGCAUGAGUUCGAUACUUCGAUUGAUGAAGUAAAUUUUGUGUUUCCUGCUUGUGAUUAA